AUGCUUGUGCUGGCCUUGCACUGCAGGCUUUCCUCAGCUGACACUGACAAUGUCACAUGGAUCGUCCUGAACGCCUCAGAUCCGUUGUUUGCAGAUGCAACAGUACGCAUGAGUCAGGAUGGCAGUUGUGGCGCUGGGACCGUUCCCGGGUCCGUGCGGCCAGCUCUCUCAGGUGUGGAGGUGCACUCAGCUGCUUCAGUCCCUGGCAACGAGUGGCGCUGGUCCGAUGAGACGUUGGAGUGUGCCGCAGGAGAGACUUGCCUCUACCAAGGGAACCUUGGCUCCGGGGCCUUCUCCUGCCCGCUAGAGCCCGGCGGCCCUGCUGCCGAGAGGCUGAAGUGCGACUGCGAGCAGUGCCCUUGUGCCAAUGGAACUGGUGGCUUCAUGUGCUCACACUGCGUCGAAGACGCGGCUUGUGGAGAAGGAGGCUAUUGCCACAGGAAAAUGAUGAUGGAUGAGGUUGACAAGUCCUUUUCUUGCAGCUUCUCCGAUGCAUUUAGAAGGAGUCCGACAUACAGAUUGUUGUGGUCAGAUGGCUGGGCAAGCCCGAGCUUCCUUGCGCAAUACUACCCCUCGGUUGGCAAAGCGCGUCUAGAUAUCAUCAACACGAUGUGCAGCCAUCGCCAGCCUAUUUUGAUGCAGUGUAGCUGCGAGCAGUGCACCUCAAAUUAUGAUGAGAUAGACCCUUUGACGGGAGAGCAAAGUGGUGUCUGCAAGCAGAAGAAGGUUCCAAGCCCUUGUGCCAGAUGUGAAACAUGCUCGUGCAGCUACCCAGCGGACUCAUGGCUGUCUGCAAUCACAAGGACAAUUGUGGAAGGUGUCUCCAGAGGCGUCUAUCUUGGGUGCGAGGGUGGUUUCAACUCCAGCACAUGUACCAGCAUCUUGGAUGAUCUGCCAGCUCCUAUGACCUUUGAUUGCACUACCGGUGUUUGCCUGUCAAAAGAUGAGCCUCCGCCACCAGAGGUGACGGUAGCCAGACGUUCCGUGGACCUGUUUGGUCAGUGGACCACGGUGGCCAUUCUGGCUGUGUUCCUUGUGUUCAUCGCCUCAUUGUUGGUGCUGGUGGCGAUCGCAGUUUCUACGCUUUGUGCCAGGAGGCGAAAGAAGAGAGCUGCAAUGGAUAUGCCCGGAGCGCCGUUGGCUGCCAUUGCUGCCGCACAAGCCGCGCUAGGAGGCUUCGGAAGUAAUCCUCCAGGUGCAACGCUUGUCUUCAGCUGGCGAAACGUGAACUGCAUGCGGAAUGGCAAGCAGGUGCUCAACGACGUCUCUGGAGCGAUUGAGUCCUCCUCUUCUGGCCGGGGCUCGCUGGUGAUGCUUCUGGGACCGUCCGGCAGCGGGAAAACAACCUUGCUUCAGGCCCUGGCAGGCCGCAUGUCUUCCAGCGAUUCUGGCACCAUUUGCAUCAACGGCAAGGUGAUGUCUCCCGCCGAAAGGUGCCGUCACGUCUCCCUUGUGUACCAGGAUGAAAUCCUGGGUGCCACCCUGACUGUCCGUGAGGCUCUGGAGUUCUCGGCCGCCCUUCGCUUGCGGGCCCUUUCUGCCUCUCAAAGAGCAGGCAGAGUUACCUGGGCGUUGAAAAUGUUGAAGCUGGAGGCAGUCGCAGAUUCCAGAAUUGGAGACACUUUGCGACGUGGUGUGUCUGGCGGCGAACGCCGCCGAGUGGCAAUAGGUGUUGAGCUAGUGGUCUCGCCGCCCAUCAUGGUGCUUGACGAGCCAACCACCGGACUUGAUGCUAGCUGUGCGCUGAUGCUUGGGCGUGUCUUGGCCAGACUCGCCAAGGGUGGCCGGCUGCUGAUUUGCAGCAUGCACCAGCCCCGCCAUGAGUUGCUGAAGCUCUUUGAUGCCAGGUUGGAAUUGGGAAAAUGUGGCGAUGAAGCCCAGCAGCUCUGUCAAGCCACCAGCUUCCUGUCAGAGGACGAAGCUGUGAAUGAAAGGAAGCCGUCUAACCCCACAGAGAACUCAGACUGCGGUCUCUCCGACCCUGCCCUGGCUGAGAUCACCAGAGCUAUGAGUAGGCACACAAAUUCUAGCAAUCGGGUGCUGUGUUCCGUUGGUCAUGACAACAUGAAGCGUGCCUUGUCAAUAGCCAGUCGAGCAACAGCUGGAGUUGCACCUGCCAACAUGGCAUUGCAGGUGUUUGCUUUGUGGGAGCGCAGCGCCCGCGAGGCAACACGCGGAAGCUAUGGUGGUUUGGUUGCAGCUGUUGUGGUAGCUGCAAUUGCGGUGCUGGUUGGAUUGACCUUCAGCGAUCUAGAACAUGGCGUUGCCGGAGUUCAGAAUCGUUUCGGCUCUAUCUUCUUUACGCAGCUUUUCUUCAGCUUCUUCGGUCUCCAGGCCUGCACUCUUUGGUAUCUUGAUCGUGACCGGCUGGACAGGGAGAGGGCGUCCAGACUCUACCAUGUCCUGGCCUACUUCAUUGCCAAGGCCUGCGCGUACCUGUGGUGGUACUGCCUCAUCGUUCCAGCAAUUUAUGUGGCCAUUGUAUAUCCUCUCAUCGGCUUCCAGGCAAGCAUUUCGAAAUUCAUGGUCUUCUAUUUGUGCACAGCUGGCACAACUGCCGCUGCAAGUGCUGUGAGUUUACUUUGCCUGUCGAUGAGUAGCUCCUUUGCGUCCGGGAUGUCUUCAGCAGCUAUCUGUCUUACAGUGCUGCAGAUGUAUGCGGGUUUCCUGCAACGCCGUGACGCCAUUCCUUCUGCCUUCAGGUGGAUCACAGAUGUUUCGCCUUUUGCGCAUGCCUUUGCUGCUAUGAUCUCCAGCGAAUUCACUGGCUUGGAAACGACCGUGGAAGCUACAGGGCAUGAAGCUGUCACAAUUGAUGGUGGCAUUUGGCCGCAACAAUUCAAUGUGGAUCCAUCCAACAUGGAGCACAGCAUUCAAAUGCUGGGCAUUGUUGCUUGCAGCGCAUGGCUGCUUGCACUGGUGCCCAUAUGGAUGAGAUGGUACCGUGUGAAGCAGUACAACUGCUGCUUUAGAUAUUGUAGACCAACAGCUGGCAAUUUGGCCGUCGCCCGAAGCAAGGUCACGGAAGCACCGUCCUGGGUCAGCGCCAGGAUGAAGGGCUCAGCAGCGCUGGUCUGGAAGGACCUUCGGGCAACGCUCCCAAAUGGCUCCCAGCUUUACGACGGGAUGAAUGGGUGUGUGCAGAUGGGAAGGCCUCUUGCAGUGCUCGGCCCCUCUGGCUGUGGGAAGACAACGUUGUUGUCUUGCUUGGCCGGGGAGGAAACUGGCACCACCUGCGUGGGCACUGUCUACUUGAACAGGCAGUAUAUAGAUAGGAGCAAGCUCAGACACACAGUCGGGUAUGUUCGACAAGACGACGCCCUGCAUCCGGAGCUUACAGUUCGCGAGGCGAUAUCAUUCGCAGUGGCUCUGAGAAUGCCAUACGCAAGCCGAAGCGUUCGACGCGAGCGUGUUUCCUGGGCGAUCACCCGGCUCGGGCUCGAGGCUGUGGCAAACUCAAAAGUGGGCGGUCACAAGUUUCGCGGUAUUUCCGGUGGUGAGCGUCGGCGGACAGCGGUUGGAGUGGAGCUGGCAGUUGCUCGCGGUGUACUCGCGCUGGAUGAGCCCACCAGUGGCCUCGACAGCGAUAGCGCACUGGAUUUGGGGCGGCUGCUGUCAGAGCUGGCAAGUGAAGGUUGCAUCGUGUUGGCUUCAAUGCACCAGCCCUCACCAGAACUGUUGGCAGUCUUUUCUCAGACGCUGGUUCUUGCUGCACAUGGUCAAGUGGCGUAUUACGGUCCAACGCAGUCUUUGCAGUCUUACGUGGACAGAGUGCGUGAAAUCCAUCCUGAGCAUAUGAUUGGCUCUGCGUCGGACGUGCUACUGGACAUCAUUUCCAGUCCUCAGGGAUACGAAGUGUGUACCAGGUUCAGGCGGUCGCCAGACAUGCAGGCAAUGCAAAAGACCAUCGAUGCUGUUUUGUCCUCAACUUCCGAAGACGAAAGAGAGGUCAAAGCAGCGACCACACCUCCCGUGCACGUGCAGAUGUUUCAGCUGCUGCUGCGGGAAGUUCGAAUUCAAAGGAGUCUUGCUAUCUACACCUACUUCGAGGCUGCUUUGGCCGGCCUUCUGUUGGGUGCGACAUACUACCAGAUGUCCAUGAGAUUGGCUGGUGUGAUCAGUCGGCUUGGCCUCAUUUUUGCGGUGCACUGCACACUGGGAAUGCAGGCCUUGCAGGGAUUGCUGGCCUGGCGCGAAGGCUACACAAGCUUCAAGCGAGAAAGGGCCGCAGGAUACUACUACACGGGCACCUAUGUUUUUGCCAAGGUCUUUGUGGAUGCACUGCUCCUUCGGGCUGGACCACCGGCUCUCAUGUGCCUUUUCGUGUAUUGGCUGGCUGGCAUGCAGCCAGGGAGGGAGGCAGUGUGCGUCCUGGGCUUUUGCUUGGCAUCCUUUGUGGCCUCCACUUUCUGUUUGGCAUUGGGCGCCACAGCCCCGAGAUCCGGAGCUGUUCUGCCCGUAGCAGUGCUGAUGAUCCUCCUUUUUUUGCUGGUGGGUGGGCCACUUCUGGCAACCCAGAAUAAUGGCAUCAGAAAUCUAUCAAUCUUCCGGGCUUCCUUCAACAUGCUCGCCGCGAACGAGAUGCGGGGGACGGUCUUUGCGUUUGAUCCUGAAGGCAUUGUCACAACACUCGGCAGCAGAACCGGAGAGGACUGGAUGUUUGACCUUGGAGUCAAGGAUAACCCCGUUCACAUGGAAAUUGGCUGGUUGCUUGGCUGGUCUUUCUUCUACAUUCUCUGUGCAUGGAUUGUGCUAGCGCUGCCAGCGGUUCGCUUGCCAUCAUUUUCCGCUUCAACAAACUUUGCGAAGUCUGUCAGUUGCGAGGAGUCGGAUAAGUUUGCACCAGGACGACGUCCCAGCAUAGCAAGUGAGUGA